CGACAUUGAUACGGGACUGCAAUCCAUCCCCGUAAAAAAAGUGAUAUGUUUUUGAUGUGCUUGUGAGAUUCUGAGAAAAGAAACUGAUGUGAAAGUAAUUUGGAUGGCAGGUCGCAUACGUUGUAGUAAACUUGAGUGACCAUGAGAUUCCGUCAUGAUAAUGUCAUGUUGAUUGGAGUCAUUCUAUUUAUGAUUUCCAGUACGGUGCAAGUGCAUAUAGUGGAGGGGCUUGUCGUGAAUAGAAACAGGCAGCAUCAACAGGCACAAACACAGACACGUCUUUCGAAUCACCGCGGUGAUCAUCAGCCGCAAGCCAAUAGCGACAGMGGCAAGACCYGUCGAAAUAAAACCAGUAGCAAACCCAACGCAAACGAUAAAACGCUUGUUUCUAUGCUGGCCAAGGCUUUCAGAAUCAUGCACGAUCAGGGAGGGACAACGGCCGUCCUGAAGGGGUGCCAGGACACGUUGUUGCAAUACAAGGCUCCGGUUCUAGUCAAUGCAGCAUUGAUGGCGGGCAGCGGGGAAUUUUCCAAUGGAAAUAGAAGAAAUAAUUAUAACAUUAGAAAGAACAAGGGCGUUUCAUCGGGGAUACUCAACGCCCUUCUCGGAUGCUGUUGCGUCGUAGACGACGGUGGCAAAAAUACCUCCAAAUACAGACAGAUGGCAGUCGAUCUGAUGACGGCAUACGAURGUAUUGAUUCCUUCGAACCGGAUUUAGUAUCCUUGUGUUUGGCUUAUGUUGCAACAGCGACGCCGGAUAAAGCAAGAGAGAGAAAGAGCAAGGAUGAAUCCGUUGCGGAGACAUUUUUACGGCGUGCCGAGCAAUUCUACAGCUCUACCCCGGACCAUGAUAARGUCAAUCCAUCCAACCAGAAUGCACCGAAAACAAAUGCGGGGACGGCCAUUGAAUUAUCAUCGAUCUCGCACGAACUMGAAGAGCUCUAUGGCAUCAAGAUUCUGCAGGAUUCCAAAGAAUUUGUGGUGYUGUCCAAGCCAAGCGGGAUGGUAUGUUAUCACGGAGAAAACAGUCCCGCUUUGGCUGCUGAUAAAGGCAGGAAAGGAAAUCAACAAACWCAAAAAKAUCAUCGAAAGCGCAAAAAGCAAAGGRUCCUGGGCGGUACCGAUGACGACAAAAGCCUCGAGGACUGCUUGCUGGAAUAUGGCAUUCCGCUGUCCUCSMUGAAYAAGGAAGGGCGGGGGCUCGUGCAUCGGAUCGAUCGAGGGACAUCGGGUUGCCUUGUGCUGGCCAAAACAAAUAGAAUGCACGYUAUCCUGCUGGCUCAAUUCUUUCUCCGGCGAUCGAAAAAGUCUUACCAGGCACUGGUGUGUUGUUCGUCYGAUUCGCAACAAMGGGCACUGCUGAAAAMGAAACCAAAAGGCAGUGGUGACAGCGUGCSUAGUUCGAUCGUUUCGCUGGACGUCGAUGGCCGCCCGGCAACUUCCAGGUAUGCACUCGAGCGGCGCGUCGGAAGCCAUCUAGCGCGWCUCCGGGUAGAAACCGAACAGGGCCGGCGGCACCAGGUGCGAAUCCACUGUUCGAACGGCUUGGGGGCACCGAUCUUGCUGGAUCCGCUGUACGGGGGGCAGUCGAUCCUGUCCACGCUGCUCAAGAACCAACGAGCGAAAUCGCCUCUGCGACGGGCCCGGGACGAUCAACGAUUUUGCCUGCACGCCAGUUCCCUGGUGAUCGAAAGGGUCGGCAUCGAUGUUUGGGCUCCGCUGCCAGAUUGGUGGCAAGAGCUCGAAGAGGAACUGCAGCAAUCAUGAAUCGUAUCGAAAUUUGUAUGAAUCUAUUGAUAAACCUGCUGCAUUACAACAAAUGUCAAAAAGCAUUAAUCCGUUCAAGUUGGACAAAUAAUUCUUCCAACGACAC